CAUAGUAAUUCAAUGUGAUGAUAAACCGAGGUUGAAUACAGUACGCAAUAAAGAAGCGUCCUUUUGUGCCGCAAUUGGUGUCACAAAGACUGCAGGUUUCCCUACGCUUCCCACUCUGUUCUUCUAUAAGUGAAACCCGUGUCACGCAAUCACUUUCCACACAGUUGUGGGUUCAACAAAGAGAGUUGACUGUCACUCACACUUCAAGGGGCUACCCUCUUGGCUCAGGCGAGGUCCGGUGGGCAUAAAACUCCAUUUUGACCGAUUUACCACAUUCACGAUCGAGGACUGAUAACGCAGUCAAGGUGUAAAUGAAUCCUACAUGGCCAUGUUAGCGAGGAUGCGUUGCGGCCUUACUUGCUGGGAUAAUGCUGAUGAAACCAGCGCCUGACUGGGAUGUCUCGUGACGAGAAAUGGCCUGUCAAUGCUUGAUAUCUCAUCCUUCGAUUCAUGCCUUCUACAAGACCUUGUUAGGUUGUUGCGGGUACGGAUAAUGGUGAUCAAAGUGACGGAGUGAAGGAAUUCUGAUGUUAUUGUAGCAUUCGGGUACUCGGUUACCCUGGAGGUGGUCCUCACGACGAAGCAUGGUCAUUUAGGUGCAACGGAUAGCUACAUUUUCGUUUGUCUUGUGACUAAAUGUUACUCGUAUUGUUCCUAAUGGGCUGCGGCCACUCUAAACGAUGUGUUAUACCCCAUUGUAAUGCAAACAAUUGCAACCUACGUCUUAUCAUUUCUGACGGCACCGAGGAGACGGAACACCAUAAGUUAGAGUUUCUGCUAAUCACUGCGAGGCAUCAGGGGCUUCCAAACUGUCGGAAUGUCUACAAAAUUAUCUACCAGAUCUGGACUGACCUGGACUGACCUGGACUGGUUCACAGACUAUGCGUGCGCUAGGCAUGGCCGAACUGUUGGUUCUGGUCCUGGUAUUUGUCUCGGCGCGUAAAAAGAAAAGAAAGAAAAGAAAAA